CGUCAGUCGCGCCGCAUCACGAGGUCAGGGGGGGGAAUAUAAAGGAAAGUUGCGCUGGCCGUGGUGCUGAAAACUCUCCUCACGACGCACAGAUGCGACAAAACUAAAAGUGUUUUUGACAGUUGUUCGUUGAGAAACAAACACAUCACAUAAACUGUUGACCCAAAAUAAAACACCAAUAUCACUUGUCCACAUAGUUGAUAGUCCAGUCGCCCGAGAGAAGAGGUUGAAGACGUUGAAACUGUUUAUUAAUCAUUUAUGAAGUGUAGGCUGAGAGACUACCAGAGACACAAGAUACAGACAGCACUUCUCCCUCGCAGGAAUACAGGUGCUCGGACCCCCCCUCCUGCCCGUUCUGCAUGGUCAUGACCAGUCACUACGCACCCUCCACAGCCCGACUCAUCCUAUUGGUCCUGCUCACUGUCACUCCACGGCUGACCGCCACCCCUGUGGGUGGGGAUGGGCAGAGGGAAGGGCACUCUAGGACACACCUUAAAGAGGACAGCCUCAAGCCCUUCCAUAGCCCUCUGAAAUCAGCCCCAGCCCCCUCCGCUACCCUUUGGACCAGACCCAGGACCGGAUAGAGGACCAGGAACAGAGCUAUGGUGGCCCUACAAACAUGGACCCUGCCCAGGCUCUAGCCGCUAUGCUACUGGAGGCCCUGGACCACACUGGGAGAGGCGAGGGGGAUCCAGUCCCUUUGGAGGAAAGAAGGGAUGAGGAGACAAGGAGAGAGGAGGAGGAGGAGGAGAGAAGGGUGGGGGAGAGGAUGGAACAGCUUGGACCAGCACUAGUGGCAGCAGCUCUAGGAGAGGAGUUAAGAGAGAUAGAAGAAGAGGAGGAGAGGGAGGAGAGGAAGAGGUCAGAGGACAGAAGCUGGCUUCUAAAGGAAGACGGGGACAGAGCUGGUGGUGGCGGUGAGGAGGGAGGACAGCAGAAGGAAGAGGAGGAGGAGGAAGGUGAAGCGGCGAGAUGGGGAGGUGAAAAGGAGAAAAGAGCAGAGGGGAGUAGGAUAGGAGAGGAGGGGAGGCCUAUUGACCUCCAGCGGAACGCUCGGGGCUACUUCCAGAACAUAGACCUCGGUCUCCAAGACAACGAGAUUCUUCCCCCUCUGAAGGGGUAUAAGGCCUACAACACCCAGCUGGCACAAGCUGGGAAAAAGCUGCACUGGGAGGAGGAGCGGGCGCGCAACACACCCCUGGGGGGCAACUUCAUGGACGACUUUGAGAAUGAAGCAGAGGAGGAGGCGGCUUUGUCGAUGGUGGAGGAGGAGGAGGCUCGUGCGCGUGCAGAGCAGCAGGAGGUGCAACGGCAGCAGGAGGAGGCAGAGAGGGCUAGAGAGGAGGAGCAGAGGCUGGCGGACAUCGCCUCGGACAUGUUGCUGCAGUACAUGGGGAGACAGAAGCAGCAGGGGGCGCCCUACCUCAUGGCCAGACAGAAGGCCGGCGCCAACGCUGCUGAAGACAAGCGCUCCGAGGAGGUGGUAACCGACGGCGACGACCUGGAUCAGCAGAUGAUUGACAGGCUGAUCGAGAUCAGCAGCAAGCUGCACCUGCCGGCCGACGACGUGGUCCAGAUUAUCUCCAACGUAGAGGAGAAGAAGAAGAGGAAGGAGCUGACGUCGCUUAGCAACCCGGUCGCCCCGCGUUACCGGCCCCUAGUUCCCCCUCCCCUAGUGACGGGCCCCAUGUACCACUACACAGCCUCCUCCAACCCCAAGAAGGACCCUUACUACCAGCCCUACAAGAACAAGUGGAACAAGGACAGAGCCAAGGCCAAGGCCUACAAGCAGGACGUCUGGUUCAAACCCCAGAAACAGUUCCUAGCCUUCCCGUCCUACCCCUACUACCAGAAACCCUACCGUGCCUACUACCCUGUGUUCUUCCCCUACCCCAAACCCCAGUACUACGACAAUACUCCCAUGGGGGAGGAGCCACCCCACAGCCCGCCCUUGGACUAUGAGCUCCGGCCUACCAGGCGCAGACACAGGGCCGGGGGCAGGGCCAGAGGUGGAGGUAGGCAUGGCUGGAGACAGCAGCCCCUCCCACCCCGUCUUCCCUCCUCUCCCUACAUCUCCAAUUAUAUCCUACCACACCCCCGGACAUAUCAGCCACUGCCUAAACCCCUCUCCCCCCAGAACAGGGGCAGGCAACCCCCAUUCUACUACCCACCUGGGCCUGGGGGCUUGGGUGUAGCUGGGGGGAGGGUGGGAGGGGACUAUGAAGAUGAUGAUGGGCUGGUUCCUCAGCUGGACAGUCAAGAGGAACUGGAAAACUUUAUAUCCAAAAUAUACAUGAAACGCAGAAUGUACUAGAGACAGAAGGACAGACAGACACGACCGCAGGACAAAGGGACCAAAC